AUGGAAUUUGCCAAGACUCUUUGUGACCCAUCAUCAACUCCACAACAAUUGAGUCAAGGCCUUACUGAUUUACAGAAGAGUCUCAUCAUGGUGAACUUCAAAGGAAAGGAUGAAGCCGCUUUGAUGGAGACAUUUAAAAGUAUUUGGAAAGGUCUUUUAAUAACAUCUGCCAAUCCAGCAAGUUCUGUUAGAUUAGCUUCAUACAAAGCUACUGGUAUAUAUUUAACGAAAAUUACUCCUUAUUUUCCAAAUGAGAUUUGCAAAUCAUUCUCUGAAAUAGCAUUAGAAGCCACAAUCACAGCGCAUAACUCAGCUAUUAUCGCAUCCUCGUUUGCUUACAUCACAAGAUUCAUUGCUCCUAUGUAUCUUCAACAAUUUUUGAAAUCGACACCGGUUUUUCAUCAUUUUUCAUUCAUUGAUCCGACAUUUUCCGAAUAUAUCGCUCAAAUUAUUACUAAUUCUCGACAUUUAGGCAUAGAUUGGCUAAAAAUCCUAUUACAUUCACUUCUCGAACGAAUUGAUGCAGCAGAAAAUCGUCAUUUAUCCAAAGCAGUUGCAGCAAUUGUAAAUCUUCAUCCUACAACGAUGUUUGAAGAAUUAAUUGAUUUUAUUAUCGAAAAUAACAAACCAAUGGAGCGAUCACAAGUAAUUUUAAGUCAUUUACCAUUACUAGCAUACAUUCUCAACAAUAUCGAAGGAAAAUCCAGUAAAUUUGAUCUGUAUGAAAUAUCUGAAGCAGCAAUUACAUUAUUAAACAAAUCAGAGAAGAGUAUUGUAGAGUCUGAUUCAGCAUUUCAACUUCUAGCGAUAGAAAAUCGAUCAUUUUCAGUAAAUAUCACUUUAAUCAACGAAAACAUCGAAAUUUCAUUACAAAACGCAGACAAAACUAAAAACAACAAAGCAAAUAUUUGUAUAGAGAAGUUCAAAGAGAGUCCUGCCUUUUAUUUGAUGCCUUUACCAUUUGAAAUGCUGAUUCCCAAUGAAAACGACAGUCCUUCUGUCCGGAACUCUAAGAAUACAUCACUAGGAAGACUCGCAAACCACAUAGAAGACCAAAAGAAACUCGACGAAAUUGUUGAAAUUUUGAUAAAAUCUGCCAGUCAACAAAACUUGGAAGCAGCGAUAUCUGUCAACACAGCGAUCUCCAUAUGUAUCAAUAACUUACUUAAACAUGCUUCAAUUGAUGUUUUGUCGAAAUUAUUAUUAAAUAUAAUUUUUAUCGAGAAAUCAUCGUGGUACAGAUCAUUGAGCAUGUUGAAGAUCAUCGGGAAUAUCAACUUUAAGCUGUUUAUUAGUAGAAUUGGCCGCCCAAUUUACAAUGAUAUUUUAGAAUUAUUAUGCAAACUUUGUUUUGAGAAAAACGAGUCAUUAUAUGUCACUGCGUGCGACAUUCUUGCCAAAGUCAUCUCCAGACAGGACGUUUCCUUUGUUUGUAACGUAUUAAUUUCAGAUUCUUCUUUUUUCAACGAAUACAAACUAGAAAGAGCGUUGAUAGCAUUCAACAAGAUCCUACAAAAGUUCGGAGAAGCAAUCCCCGAAAUAGCAGCUUAUUCCGACGCUGUUACAGAGUGUUCUUCGUUUUUUGAAGACGAUACAAAUGUUUUAUCGCCAAUUUUUGAGUUUUUGGCGCUUUGUAAGUCGAGUUCGAACGAGAGAUUGCGAGAUAUAGCGAUAAACAUUGCGAAAUCAUACAUUUCAAUCAUUUCUGGCGAAAAAUGGGGAAAUAAUACUUCAUAUCAAUCUCAAAUUGAAUAUAUUGUAUCAAUGAAGUCAAUGGAUGUCGUUGCACAGCCAAUAGAUGACAUCCUGAAGUAUUUAGACCCAUUUAGAUCAACAAUUCAUUUCAUAUUAAAUUUAUCUAAGUCGUUGUUACCGAAUGACUUCAUAAUUGAACUCUGUACACGUGUUUUCCCUAUAUUUCCGCGCGAAAUAACAAAGUUUUUCGAUGAUUUUCUGCCGGAAUUGUCAGAAUCUGAGAAAUUGCAGUUUAUCAGCGGUGUUUACAACAGAUUACAGUUUGUAAGUGAUAUAAAUAUACUUACAACAUGGUGUAACAUCGUUUUAAAGAACGACGCCGUGUUUUUUGAGGAAAAUCAGGUUGAAACUUUGUCAUUUUUCAACGGUUUGACGUUAUUCUACCGUAAUACUAAUAUACAAAUGACGUCAAGCCAAGCAUUGUCAUUCUUGUUGUUGAGAUGUCGAAUGUCUGAUGAUCCAAUGGAAGAUUUUUGUAAAUUUUUGCAAAAUGUCAAAAAUACACAGAAAUCAAUGUUCAUUAGCGCUUUUAAUGAUGAAAUGCCAGGUAUAGUUGAAGCUGUCAAACAAAAGAAACCAGAAUUAUUGGAAAUAAAUGCAAAAGAAAAUGUAGAAAAAAUUGAAAUUGAAAAAAGUGACUUUAAUUUUGACAAAAGUGACAGAAAUGAUUUGAAAUCCAGAUUUAUUACAACAAUACAUAAGAAAGAGAUGAUACAUUUGUUAGUGACUAUUUUAGAAUCAAAGAAAUCGAAUGAAAAACUUUGUUUAGAUUCAGUUACGAUUCCUAAAAGUUUUGUAGGAAAUUUAACUGAUUUAGUGAAAAACUACGAAAAUGUAGAGAUGUCUGUCCCUUAUUGUUUGAAACUGAUGAGAACAAGGUUCGGUGAUUUAGCUCUUUCUAAAGUUCAAAACAAUGUAAAUGAUGUAAUUCAAAUUUACAAAAACAAAGAAAUUCUCAAAAAAGGUGACACUUUGAAUUUAUCUUCUAUUGUUUCUAAUCUGCCUGUUGACGUGGAAUUAGUAUCUCAAUGGUGCCUACAAGUCAUGAAAGAUGAAAACAUGACAAAAAACCGUUUGAAUUCUGCUUAUAUUUUGUUGUAUUCUGUUUGUUAUUUGUAUAGAACGAUACCUCAAAAAGUGACAGAUGACUUGUAUUCAAUUUUUGAAGGGUAUGAAACACCUAACAAAGAAUUAAGUUAUUUAUUAUGUACUAUAUGCAACAGAUCGAAAAUUGACGCAAAAUAUAUAAAUUUGAUAAGAAAAUUUUCUCAAAAUUGUGGAUACAAAACAUCUAUACAAUCUACAUUGUUUUUACCAUUGAUUUCAACGAAAGACAGCAAACAAACAUUCAUUGAUGAAAUCACUAACAUGAUAAAGAUGUAUGUAGUGUCUGUGAUGCCUUCUUUGCUUCUUUCGGCCUUGAAAUUGUAUCAACAUUGCGCAAAUGUUUAUGAUAAUGACACUUUUUUGUAUAUUUCGAAACCAAUUUUUGAACACAUAAGAAACAGAUAUAAAAUGGUUCAAAUGAAUCCACCUUUAGUAGAGUAUUCAACGAAUUGUUUGAAAGCUUCUUGCGUUAAAGGAAUUCCUGUUUACAAAGCAAUUCCUUUGUUAAUUAUUGAUGAAACAAAACCUGCUUUUUCGAAUUUUUGUGAUUUAAUUCCAUUUUUAAUCAAAUAUUCUUCGGUUCUUGAUGAUAGUAAUAUUCUCGAAAUAUCACAGAAACUUCUCGCAAGAGAUGAUUUCUUGUUGAACAAAGGAUUGCGUUGUCUUUGCAGCCAAAUUGAUAAAUUUAAUGAUAAUGAAACGAAAAACUCAAUUUUACUCGAUAAUUUACUCGAACAAAUCAAACAAAUUGAACAUGAUAGAACGAGUAAUUGGUACGAGUGUUGGGUGAAUACUUUAGAGGAAUAUUUGAAGCCAACAAACGCAUGCUCUAUUAUUGUAUUCCAGUUGUUGAAGAAUAAUUUCGCAAGGUGUUUCGUAGCUUUGUCUAAAUUCGUUCAUAGAAACAGAAACAAAGAGAUUUGUGAAGUUGUUUUGAGUGGACAAGAAAUUUGUCAAACAAAUUCGCAAAAGAAAGCACUUGAAUUACUUGCAAAUGGUGCAAACAUCAAAGUCGCUAUUACAUUGUCUUUGUUUGCUGAUGAUUGUGAGGAAUCUGAAGCAAUUAUUAAGAGUUUGUAG